AUGACAAAUAAUAGUAGUGAUGCAGAGAAUAUAGAUAUGAGUGAUGGUAGUAAUAGUGGCAGUGGUAGCGGUAGUAGUAGUGAAGGUAGUAAUAAUACAAGUGGACAAGUAUCACCAACAAUAACCAACCUAGAAAAGAUAGCGAUCGAAUGGGACUACAAGACAAAGUGUUUGUUGCUACAAGCAAUAAGUAAAUACCUACCAGUUGGAGUCAAUAGACAGUUUGCAAUUAUCAAUUGUACAAGAAUACUUCAACAACAACUACCAAACUAUAUCAUCACAACGGAUAUCGUCGAAAAAGAGAUUGCAGAGUACUAUGACUUGGAUGGUUUCGAUGAUAGUGUCAUUGACGACGAAGAGAUUAAUGGUUUCGAAUUACCAUCUGAAUCAUUUAGACAUCUCAUCGAAGAGAAACUUCAAACAACAAAGAAAAUCAAGACAUAA